GCCCCACAUGCGACGAACCGCGCUUUAAUGAAGAGAGUAAGAGCUAACAUCGUGUAAGUAUGCAAUCUUCUUCGGCCAUAUCAGUGUCAUCAAGAACCUGUUGAGUAUGGGCCUUAGCCUUGACGACAUAUACUCUGAGACCUUGGGCAGUUCUUGGAUCUUAUUCGAUGGUGCUUCAGAAGAGCAAGAGACCAUGCUGGAACUGUUCCAUAUGUGGCUCUACAUAUGUGGGCUUGAUCAAGACAUGGAGGCAUUCUUCGUCUCCGAAGGCGAACGCUAUCAAACCAAGUUUAACGUCAUCUCGAGCUUCGUUUGGAAGCUACCCGAAGCAAAUCGGAUCAUGGCGACAAGAAGGAACAUUGCAUACUACAAACUCCCUCCUAAAUCACGCUUCGCUUGCUUGGGAUGGCAAUCAAUCGAUCCUCAGGUCUUGCUUAAUGACAUACAUCAUGGCGAGGGCCUAAAACCUGCGGAAUUCAGCGUGGUCUUUGAUGGGCCAAAGGAAAGUUCUAUGGAGAGCUUUGUCAACGCGUACGUCAACUUCCUGUUUGACACUGACAAUGAUCACUUGGAAUAUUGCCAACCUCUGGAGACACAUGCACCAGCCCACCCUUGGCGGCAUCUCGCGCAAUGGGUUCUUAGGGGUGUGGCGCCAGAGAGGCUUAGUAGAAAAGCAUGCCUCGAUGGGUAUUCCAUCACAGCGACUACUCUUUUCGCCCUCUUCCUCCACGUGGAGGAGUGCUUGACGUUUUCGGGUCAUCAAGGAUGGGCUGCGAAGCUGCGAAUGGCACAGUUACUGUCCUCAUGGCUGGAAGACGCGGAACUGGCAGGUCUAGACCUAGGAGAAUAUGGCAGGCAAGAAUCGGAGAUCUUCAUGGGCUGUGACCAGUUGCGUCUUCGAAGAUGGUUCGAACCAAUCGGUUGGGACGACCGCGAAGACGAUUGCGAAGACGUAACCUCUCCGUCUGGGUUUCGGUUGCAGUCGUUUACUUACGGACCGCAUCCUACAGAUUGGGCACUGCUUUGGAUUCUGGAUGCUGAGGAGUACGCAGGAGAGUUCUGGGAUAAUAUCGAGAUCCCACCUUCAGUCAUUCCAGGCGGUUGGGUUGAAGACGGAAUAUGAUUCAUUUUCUCGGUUCUCUAACAUGGCUGUACUCCUUCUCUGACACACUGAUCGAAGAGAUUUGGCAUCGAACGGCGUGACUAGAGAGAACUUGGGCGUUGCAUUCUUUGAAGAAUGUCCUUGUAUGUGAUACUUUAGCAUGCAGAUGCUUUCAGAUUCGAUUAUGGGGAAUUAGCUGCACGGCGGUCGUUUCUUUCAUUUUCGAAGACAUGUGGCUGUGCAGGUGCUUGAGUGCCGUUUACCCUUCCAGUCUCAGACAAUUGCAGAUGCAUUGAACGCUAGCCAUACAUGCUACUCACCAUCUUCCCGCUCCAGGUCGAGUUUCGA